AUGGGGGUGUCCGCGUGCAGGGCGACGAGUAGCGCGCUGAAGGGGGGGGUGGGGGGAGGGUGGGCGGGCGGUGGGGGGGGGGGGGGGGGGGGGGGGGGGGGGGGGGGGGGGGGGGGGGGGGGGGGGGGGGGGGGGGGGGGGGGGGGGGGGGGGGGGGGGGGGGGGGGGGGGGGGGGGGGGGGGGGGGGGGGGGGGGGGGGGGGGGGGGGGGGGGGGGGGGGGGGGGGGGGGGGGGGUGGGGGGGGGGGGGGGGGGGGGGGGGGGGGGGGGGGGGGGGGGGGGGGGGGGGGGGGGGGGGGGGGGGGGGGGGGGGGGGGGGGGGGGGGGGGGGGGGGGGGGGGGGGGGGGGGGGGGGGGGGGGGGGGGGGGGGGGGGGGGGGGGGGGGGGGGGGGGGGGGGGGGGGGGGGGGGGGGGGGGGGGGGGGGGGGGGGGGGGGGGGGGGGGGGGGGGGGGGGGGGGGGGGGGGGGGGGGGGGGGGGGGGGGGGGGGGGGGGGGGGGGGGGGGGGGGGGGGGGGGGGGGGGGGGGGGGGGGGGGGGGGGGGGGGGGGGGGGGGGGGGGGGGGGGGGGGGGGGGGGGGGGGGGGGGGGGGGGGGGGGGGGGGGGGGGGGGGGGGGGGGGGGGGGGGGGGGGGGGGGGGGGGGGGGGGGGGGGGGGGGGGGGGGGGGGGGGGGGGGGGGGGGGGGGGGGGGGGGGGGGGGGGGGGGGGGGGGGGGGGGGGGGGGGGGGGGGGGGGGGGGGGGGGGGGGGGGGGGGGGGGGGGGGGGGGGGGGGGGGGGUGGGGGGGGGGGGGGGGGGGGGGGGGGGGGGGGGGGGGGGGGGGGGGGGGGGGGGGGGGGGGGGGGGGGGGGGGGGGGGGGGGGGGGGGGGGGGGGGGGGGGGGGGGGGGGGGGGGGGGGGGGGGGGGGGGGGGGGGGGGGGGGGGGGGGGGGGGGGGGGGGGGGGGGGGGGGGGGGGGGGGGGGGGGGGGGGGGGGGGGGGGGGGGGGGGGGGGGGGGGGGGGGGGGGGGGGGGGGGGGGGGGGGGGGGGGGGGGGGGGGGGGGGGGGGGGGGGGGGGGGGGGGGGGGGGGGGGGGGGGGGGGGGGGGGGGGGGGGGGGGGGGGGGGGGGGGGGGGGGGGGGGGGGGGGGGGGGGGGGGGGGGGGGGGGGGGGGGGGGGGGGGGGGGGGGGGGGGGGGGGGGGGGGGGGGGGGGGGGGGGGGGGGGGGGGGGGGGGGGGGGGUGGGGGGGGGGGGGGGGGGGGGGGGGGGGGGGGGGGGGGGGGUGGGGGGGGGGGGGGGGGGGGGGGGGGGGGGGGGGGGGGGGGGGGGGGGGGGGGGGGGGGGGGGGGGGGGGGGGGGGGGGGGGGGGGGGGGGGGGGGGGGGGGGGGGGGGGGGGGGGGGGGGGGGGGGGGGGGGGGGGGGGGGGGGGGGGGGGGGGGGGGGGGGGGGGGGGGGGGGGGGGGGGGGGGGGGGGGGGGGGGGGGGGGGGGGGGGGGGGGGGGGGGGGGGGGGGGGGGGGGGGGGGGGGGGGGGGGGGGGGGGGGGGGGGGGGGGGGGGGGGGGGGGGGGGGGGGGGGGGGGGGGGGGGGGGGGGGUGGGGGGGGGGGGGGGGGGGGGGGGGGGGGGGGGGGGGGGGGGGGGGGGGGGGGGGGGGGGGGGGGGGGGGGGGGGGGGGGGGGGGGGGGGGGGGGGGGGGGGGGGGGGGGGGGGGGGGGGGGGGGGGGGGGGGGGGGGGGGGGGGGGGGGGGGGGGGGGGGGUGGGGGGGGGGGGGGGGGGGGGGGGGGGGGGGGGGGGGGGGGGGGGGGGGGGGGGGGGGGGGGGGGGGGGGGGGGGGGGGGGGGGGGGGGGGGGGGGGGGGGGGGGGGGGGGGGGGGGGGGGGGGGGGGGGGGGGGGGGGGGGGGGGGGGGGGGGGGGGGGGGGGGGGGGGGGGGGGGGGGGGGGGGGGGGGGGGGGGGGGGGGGGGGGGGGGGGGGGGGGGGGGGGGGGGGGGGGGGGGGGGGGGGGGGGGGGGGGGGGGGGGGGGGGGGGGGGGGGGGGGGGGGGGGGGGGGGGGGGGGGGGGGGGGGGGGGGGGGGGGGGGGGGGGGGGGGGGGGGGGGGGGGGGGGGGGGGGGGGGGGGGGGGGGGGGGGGUGGGGGGGGGGGGGGGGGGGGGGGGGGGGGGGGGGGUGGGGGGGGGGGGGGGGGGGGGGGGGGGGGGGGGGGGGGGGGGGGGGGGGGGGGGGGGGGGGGGGGGGGGGGGGGGGGGGGGGGGGGGGGGGGGGGGGGGGGGGGGGGGGGGGGGGGGGGGGGGGGGGGGGGGGGGGGGGGGGGGGGGGGGGGGGGGGGGGGGGGGGGGGGGGGGGGGGGGGGGGGGGGGGGGGGGGGGGGGGGGGGGGGGGGGGGGGGGGGGGGGGGGGGGGGGGGGGGGGGGGGGGGGGGGGGGGGGGGGGGGGGGGGGGGGGGGGGGGGGGGGGGGGGGGGGGGGGGGGGGGGGGGGGGGGGGGGGGGGGGGGGGGGGGGGGGGGGGGGGGGGGGGGGGGGGGGGGGGGGGGGGGGGGGGGGGGGGGGGGGGGGGGGGGGGGGGGGGGGGGGGGGGUGGGGGGGGGGGGGGGGGGGGGGGGGGGGGGGGGGGGGGGGGGGGGGGGGGGGGGGGGGGGGGGGGGGGGGGGGGGGGGGGGGGGGGGGGGGGGGGGGGGGGGGGGGGGGGGGGGGGGGGGGGGGGGGGGGGGGGGGGGGGGGGGGGGGGGGGGGGGGGGGGGGGGGGGGGGGGGGGGGGGGGGGGGGGGGGGGGGGGGGGGGGGGGGGGGGGGGGGGGGGGGGGGGGGGGGGGGGGGGGGGGGGGGGGGGGGGGGGGGGGGGGGGGGGGGGGGGGGGGGGGGGGGGGGGGGGGGGGGGGGGGGGGGGGGGGGGGGGGGGGGGGGGGGGGGGGGGGGGGGGGGGGGGGGGGGGGGGGGGGGGGGGGGGGGGGGGGGGGGGGGGGGGGGGGGGGGGGGGGGGGGGGGGGGGGGGGGGGGGGGGGGGGGGGGGGGGGGGGGGGGGGGGGGGGGGGGGGGGGGGGGGGGGGGGGGGGGGGGGGGGGGGGGGGGGGGGGGGGGGGGGGGGGGGGGGGGGGGGGGGGGGGGGGGGGGGGGGGGGGGGGGGGGGGGGGGGGGGGGGGGGGGGGGGGGGGGGGGGGGGGGGGGGGGGGGGGGGGGGGGGGGGGGGGGGGGGGGGGGGGGGGGGGGGGGGGGGGGGGGGGGGGGGGGGGGGGGGGGGGGGGGGGGGGGGGGGGGGGGGGGGGGGGGGGGGGGGGGGGGGGGGGGGGGGGGGGGGGGGGGGGGGGGGGGGGGGGGGGGGGGGGGGGGGGGGGGGGGGGGGGGGGGGGGGGGGGGGGGGGGGGGGGGGGGGGGGGGGGGGGGGGGGGGGGGGGGGGGGGGGGGGGGGGGGGGGGGGGGGGGGGGGGGGGGGGGGGGGGGGGGGGGGGGGGGGGGGGGGGGGGGGGGGGGGGGGGGGGGGGGGGGGGGGGGGGGGGGGGGGGGGGGGGGGGGGGGGGGGGGGGGGGGGGGGGGGGGGGGGGGGGGGGGGGGGGGGGGGGGGGGGGGGGGGGGGGGGGGGGGGGGGGGGGGGGGGGGGGGGGGGGGGGGGGGGGGGGGGGGGGGGGGGGGGGGGGGGGGGGGGGGGGGGGGGGGGGGGGGGGGGGGGGGGGGGGGGGGGGGGGGGGGGGGGGGGGGGGGGGGGGGGGGGGGGGGGGGGGGGGGGGGGGGGGGGGGGGGGGGGGGGGGGGGGGGGGGGGGGGGGGGGGGGGGGGGGGGGGGGGGGGGGGGGGGGGGGGGGGGGGGGGGUGGGGGGGGGGGGGGGGGGGGGGGGGGGGGGGGGGGGGGGGGGGGGGGGGGGGCGGGGGGGGGGGGGGGGGGGGGGGGGGGGGGGGGGGGGGGGGGGGGGGGGGGGGGGGGGGGGGGGGGGGGGGGGGGGGGGGGGGGGGGGGGGGGGGGGGGGGGGGGGGGGGGGGGGGGGGGGGGGGGGGGGGGGGGGGGGGGGGGGGGGGGGGGGGGGGGGGGGGGGGGGGGGGGGGGGGGGGGGGGGGGGGGGGGGGGGGGGGGGGGGGGGGGGGGGGGGGGGGGGGGGGGGGGGGGGGGGGGGGGGGGGGGGGGGGGGGGGGGGGGGGGGGGGGGGGGGGGGGGGGGGGGGGGGGGGGGGGGGGGGGGGGGGGGGGGGGGGGGGGGGGGGGGGGGGGGGGGGGGGGGGGGGGGGGGGGGGGGGGGGGGGGGGGGGGGGGGGGGGGGGGGGGGGGGGGGGGGGGGGGGGGGGGGGGGGGGGGGGGGGGGGGGGGGGGGGGGGGGGGGGGGGGGGGGGGUGGGGGGGGGGGGGGGGGGGGGGGGGGGGGGGGGGGGGGGGGGGGGGGGGGGGGGGGGGGGGGGGGGGGGGGGGGGGGGGGGGGGGGGGGGGGGGGGGGGGGGGGGGGGGGGGGGGGGGGGGGGGGGGGGGGGGGGGGGGGGGGGGGGGGGGGGGGGGGGGGGGGGGGGGGGGGGGGGGGGGGGGGGGGGGGGGGGGGGGGGGGGGGGGGGGGGGGGGGGGGGGGGGGGGGGGGGGGGGGGGGGGGGGCCCGCGCGGGGGGCCGGAGGUAAUCUGGGGGAAGGGUGGUGUCUGGUGCGCGUUAUCCGCUGCGGGGCAGGUGGGGCGGGAGCGGCAGGUCGGUGUGGACGCGGGGGGCCGGCAAGCCCGAGCGGGAGCGGGCUGGUUAUGGCCGUGGCUGGGGUCCCUGGGGUGGGGUGGGCCGCGUGCGCUGGGGGGGGUAGGCGGUGGGGGGGGCUGCGGCGGGGGGUGGGGGGCGGUGGGGCCCUGGGCCCUCUGGAGGGAGGGCGGGAUGGAGGGGGGACGUGGGGGGGGGCGGGGCCGGGGCGGGGAGGCGCCAUCGGGCCCGGAUGGGGGGCAGCGGCGGGAGCGGGGCCAUGGGCGGGAUGGCGGUUGAUGGGGGAGGGUGAGGUGGGGGGCUUGGUCUGCGGCUGGGUGGGUAGGGCCGACAGCGGGCGUAGCGCUGGGCGCGGUCGGGGGGUGGGCGAGUCUCGCCGGGUUAUUGGUAGGGGUUGCGUGGGGGCGGUGUGCGGGGGGUGGGUCGCAAGGGGGGGUUUUGGGGGAGCGGCGUUUGGGGCGGGGCGCCGGGGGGGGGGCGGCCGGUGGGGGCGCUGGCCGGCGGGGCAGCCGGGUUCGGCUGGACUGGGGGAGGGGGCGCCGCGGUGGCUGGGAAGCGGGCAUGGGGGUGUGGAUUUUGGGGGCCGCGUGUCGUUUGGGCGGGCGGUACGGGGCUUCCGCGUUUACUGCGGGCCCGAGGCGGGAGUUAGCGGGUUAAGGCUGUGCUGGUGGGCCGGGGGUUGGUGCAAUUGGGGGGUAGGGGCUUGCGCGCGUGGAUAG